AGCUGCGCAUGCGCACAGCUGCGGGCCAGCCGGGUCGGGUAAGCUCGGGGGCGCAGGCGCCGCGGAGGUGGGGAAAGCCCGCGGGCCGCGCGCAUGCGUGAUAGCCGCCGCCGGCCCGGAGCGGGAGCUGUGGCCCCCUCCCCCCGCCAUGGCUGACGCGUCUCGGAGGGCGGAGUCGGGCACUCAGCUACUUGCACGACUUGAGGGCCGAAGUUCUCUGAAGAAUCUUGAACCUUAUCUGUUUGCUGAGGAAGGAUCUCCUGUUCAUGGAGAUGUCAUUGAAUUCCAUGGGCCGGAAGGAACGGGAAAGACUGAAAUGCUUUAUCACCUAAUAGCCCGCUGCAUCAUCCCAAAAUCAGGAGGAGGACUGGAAGUAGAGGUCAUGUUCAUCGAUACCGACUACCAUUUUGAUAUGCUUCGCCUAGUGACCAUCCUCGAGAACAGGCUGGCGCAAGGGACGGAAGAGAUGAUAAAGCAGUGCCUGGGAAGGCUUUUUCUGGUGAACUGCAGUAGUAGCACGCAGCUACUCCUCACUCUCUACUCCUUAGAAAACAUGUUUUGUGCUCACCCCGCUCUCUGCCUUUUGAUUUUAGACAGCAUAUCAGCUUUUUAUUGGAUGGACAGAAGCAACGGGGGGGAGAGUCUUAACUUGCAGGAGAGGAACCUGAAGAAAUGUGCGAACUUUCUGGAAAAACUUGUGAGAGAGCAUCACUUAGCCCUCUUUGCAACAACGCAGACGCUUAUGCAGAAAUCUCCCAACUCUGCAGAAAGCUUUUUUCCUUUAAAACUUCACCAUGAAACUGAUACAGACUACAGACCUUAUCUCUGUAAAUCAUGGCAACAAAUGGUAACCCACAGGAUAUUUUUCUCUAAGCAGUGUAAUUCUGGCAACAGCAAAGGUUUUACAGUUGUUUCUUGCCACCUCAAAAGAAACCAUGUAGUGAAACGUUCAUUUAGCGUUGCAGAAUGUGGAGUCCAGUUUUAACGUCGGUUUGCUUUUUAAACAUAGCACGUCUUGGUGCUUAAGGCCUGAUGAGGUCUAAGUAGGUUUUAGUACCUUUUAAACUAGUUGGUUGUUGCUGGAUGAUUAUUUGUCACCAUUUUCUUAAAAUUUAGUGAAGAACAGGAAAUGGUAACAUUUUUUAAUUACUGUAGAUCUCCAGUCCAAACUAGCGAGGAAUGCUGAAAUUACUUGUUUGUGCUUAAUGCAGGAAGAGAUUAAAUCAAGAAAAUUAUAACCAAAGACAUUUGAAACUCCUAGUAUCCUUCAGUAAUCUAACCCAGGUGAUAUGCAGCCAAGUGCACUGACUUAAUUUUUGGGUCUCGCUGCUUUCCACUCCUCUUCCAAGCUAACAGAAAUAGGAGCUUUGUUGUCCAGGGGAGAGACUGCACAAAGGCGAGUGUCCGCUCUUUAUGAAUACUGGUCUUGGCUUAUUCCUGGUAGCCAAGGGCAUAUGAAAUGCAUUCACAGUUUUGCCUGAAGAAGAGGAUCCAUUUUCACAGCCAGUGAAACAGCGGCAAUCCCGAGCAGGCUUUUCACAGCCUCCCUGUUUACAUGAGUGUGUGAUCGGAAGAGCAAGGACUGGAGGUGUUUUGACCCUCAGAAACAUUGGGGUUUGAAGAAUCUACAGUUAUCGCAGAAAUGGAGGCCUGAUUUCCAUAACUGAAGGAACAGUAAAGAUCUAGAGCUGGGUACCUGUGAGUUUGUGCUGUAUGCAGCAACAGUUUAGUCUUUGAAACUAAUGAAGUGUGGGUUAGGGGUUGUUUUGGGUGUGGGGGUUGUUUUUUUGUUGUUUUUUUCUUUUAGAUGUAUGCACAGACAUAAUUUAUUUUCUCUGCCCUCCCUCAUUAUUCCCUCCCACUUCUUUCCCUUCCCCCAGUCUCUCUAAGAAAUCCAGCAAUGCCAUGGCUUUGGUCUUUACCAAUAUGUAUUUGCCACAUGUAGAACAUUUGUGUGCAGGAUUUGGCAUGCAGCAUGUUGCAAUUCUGCCAAAGAAGAUUCAGAACUUAUGGGAAAUGCCCUACAGUUCUGGCAAAGAAUACCAUAUUAUUUAUUAACCUAGAGUGCCCUUUGAAAGCUUCAAAGUGCUUUACAAGAAAGAAAAUUGCACACAGUACAUUAUUUAAUACAAAAACUUACAUUAGCUUACAAAUUUAAAUUACUCAAACAAGGGGAGAAUAUUUCUCACAGCAAUAUUCGUUCAGUCAUGUUGCACAGCACGUUUUAUAGUUUAGAUUGAACCGAUUAUUAACAAAAAUGCAUAUUAAGAAGAAGUAUCUAACAUGGUAUCUUUUUGAGGAAGACGCCUAAAACAUUCUGUUGUGAGACACUUACCUUUUAAUUUCCUGACUCUGAAGACAGCUUUUCCAAGCUGAAUAUAUAUCUGGAUUCCGUGCUGCGUAUAGUUCAGCGUGCAGACCCAGGCUUCUGCAUAUAGAGCUGGGAGUGUAUAUCUUUACUGUUGUUUAUAAAAUUCAACAUCUCCAUGGUUCAGCUGGAUUUCCGCAAAGACGAUGAGUGUCCUACCUCUGACAACAGCCAGUACCAAAGGUUUGGGGAGGAGUGUGAGAACAAUGAGUUUUCACGGGCAGAGUGUCCGGCAGCUGGGACUUGGGGAGCUCCUGAGCAGAGCCUGUGGGCAGAUGGGUGUUUGGUGGCCACCGAUCACACCUUUCCUCCCUGAAUUCAUCCAAUCCAUUUUUAACUUACUUCCCCUCUUGUGUUCUACUCUGUGUUUUCACAAUGAGUUCAGUUUAAUUAUUCUUUCUGGGGAAGAUCUUCCUUCUCUGCCUCCCCUCAUUUUAAACCUGCCAUCACUUCUUCACACCAUCACUUCUUUUAACGUGAAACAUGAGUGAACUUCGCUUUUUUGACAGAGGUGAUUAAUUUAUAGACUGUCAUUUUAUUUGUGCUUUCUCUUCCAUCAACAUCAAUAUUUAUUUCAGAACUUUCAUAAGUACCCAAAUACAUGAAAAACAUACAACUUCACCAUUGAGCCUAGACUGGACCCAAGUUAGAUGACUUAACAUGGGCAGACGCUUCCAGUGGGAAUUAUGAUAAAUGACAUACUUGCAUUUUUUUGGUGAAAAACUGGGAAGAUUCAAGUAGAAUCACAGAGCUUUAAAAUAUGAAAACUAUAGGACUACCUACUUUCUACUAAAACAAAAAAAUCCCCUUUGCCAUCAGAGAAUACAGCUCCACUGAAGAUUAACUGCUUCAUAAAAUCAUACUUGCUAAGAAAUAUGUUUGAGGAAAAACAAUGGAAAUGGUCUGGUAUUCCUGUCUGGAAAAAAAAGCUUUUAUAUUAUUCACAAUGGAGUUUGUAUUUUGCAUCGUACUAUAAAAUAAAUGCCCAAACUGAAAUGAAGCCAAGGUUCUCAUUGAUCAAAAAGAGCACCUCAGGAAAUUUUGAAAUUUCCCAGUUUUAUUUUUGCUUCGAAUGCAGACAGAUUUUUUUAAUUCUCCGGUAAUCGUAAUAUUCAGGCUCUGCACAUUUGUUUCAGAUGUGCAGCAAGCCCAGCUCGCAGAGGUGCUGAGCAUCUGCGCGUCCCUGUGGGUUUGUGGGAGUGCACCCACCAACAAUUAUGCCGUUUGGAAAAAUGAACCUUGAGGACGCAAGCCUAGGAAGGAUGCAGUAAUGAAGAACCUUUUGUUUGUACCUUAAUUAACUGUGGGUAUUAAAAAUGUUUUUUACCAUUUGUUUCAAUGGAGAAUUUUCCCCGGCGCAGUCUUGCAGGGAGGAAGCGCGUUUUGGGUCUGUGCUGCUGGAAAUCAGGCCUGCACAAGAUCAGUGCCACCGCAUCUCAUCAAGUACGAGGAUAAAACAUGUGUAUUCUGAAACUCCAAUUCAUCCAGGUAUUUCUUGGAAAGGAAAAAAUCCUUUCAUGUCAGUGGCAUUUUUCUUAAGCUCAGUAUUGUAUUCUUGAGGCUUCUUUAGGCACAGGAACUUCUUACAUUCCUUAGAAUUUGUGUUUGUUGCUUCAAAUGCAACAUCAAAUGAAAGCACCAAGCUGGAAAUAAAGAGGAACUAGUUCAGCCUUUUCCCCCCAUCCCUUUUGUAAUGAGAGAGCUUUUUAGCAAAACCAAAUUAAGGUAUUUUGCAGGUUUUAUAUUUAUUUUUAAAUGAAGUGGUAUUUCUAUGGACACUUGGAAAGAAAACAUCAUUUUUAUAUUCAGCAAAAGUUCUUUGUAUUCCUAGACUUCUUCACAGAGCAAAUAAAAUAAAAGUAACACUUUACUUGG